AUGCCGACAAUCCUACCCCGCACCAAAUCAGAUCACGGUUCCUUCAUCAAUUUGGGUGGUGUUGAAGAAAGCAAACAUCUCGCCACCGGCGACAACAGCCCCAUCUUCAUUGGGGAUUCCCGACCUCCUGCACACGACACAUGGCUACGUUUCGCCGGCAAACAAGCCGGUCGGCUAAUCGAAGGUACAACUGAUGUGGCUACCGCGCCAGUGAAAUGGUUAAACCAUAUGCAAGAUAACUGGUAA